UGCGCUUCUGGUCAACGCACUCGCGUUUGUUGUGUGUUUUGAAAUGCUGUCCUCCAAGAUAUUUUAACACGAAAAAUGAUUGUGAAAGAGGCUCACUCGUUUGAAGCUCGAAACUAAAAUCGAAAUAUUGACGCUCCCAUCGACGCACUGCGCGUCAGAGUACAGAUGCAUACGAAUGAACGCGAUGGAUAAUGUAAGUAGGUAGCUAGCUAACCUGGCUAGUGCCAAGCGCUGCUCGCGUAUUUAGCAAUCAAUGGCCAAAGCUAGCUAUCCAUAAUUACAGCAAAGUGGGUCCCGUGCGCAUUGUCGCAUAUUGAAUCCAAAUAAAAUACUCGCUUGAUGUUUUUGGAAUGCAUUUCUCUAAAAAAUGUUCCGUGUUUAAAGUGGUGCUCAGUGCCCUGCUCAUUGUAGCGCUCCUGCAGUUAAUUUACCUGUCCUUUCUGUCGAAACUGCACGGGAGGCAGCAGCGCUACAGGUAUUCGGAGCUCUUCGGGGGCGCUGGCAAGAGAAAUGCUCACCUGCCCGAGAAAAACACUCGCAAAGAACGUCUCAAAUAUUCUCUGUCUACGGGGGGCAUUUUCGAUGGCAGCGGGCAGUACCGCGUAUACAAAAACUUAAUCAAAAGCGAGUUUUCAACUAACCAAAAGCCUGGCACGGACGCCGGCUCGCAUCAGAUCGCUCUGGCAACGCACACCACCAUCAACAAUUUGCACCAUCUUGAUUCGCUGCUGGAGCGCUGGCAGUACCCUCUGUCCGUCGCGAUAUUCGCGCACGGCCAAGAUGUCAGGUUUGCCACCGCGCUCGUGUACGCCCUCAGCAUGUUCUGCCCGCAGAUCCAGGCGUUGGUGGACUUCCACCUGGUGUGCCACUCCGGGGAGAUGGCGAAUUUUCCCGAGCAGGACCGCGAGCAGUUUGCCGGGCUGGAAGACUGCGGUGGGGUGUUUGCUAAGCUGGAGACCCACAGGGACAAAUACAAGAACUAUGCCAUCGGGGGUAACGUGUCGUACCCCAACAAUUUGCUACGUAAUGUCGCACGCGGGGGCACGGACGCAGCUUACAUCCUGGUCAUAGACAUCGACAUGGUUCCCAGCGCGGACCUGCCUCGGCAGUUCCAGGCCCUGCUGAAAAGGCGAGAGCCCGCGUCGGACGAGGUCUUCGUGCUGCCGGCGUUCGAGAUCCGGCACGCCCGCAAGAUGCCCGCCUCCAAGUCGGAGCUGGUGCAGCUCUACCAGGUGGGCGAGGUGCGGCCCUUCUACGAGGAGCUGUGCCCGCGCUGCCAGGCGCCCACAAACUUUUCCCGGUGGGUGAAUCUCCACGGUCAGCCGUCGGGCGAGCUGGAGGUGGCCUACACCCUGACCUGGGUCGACCCGUGGGAGCCCUUCUACAUCGGACCCCGCACCGUGCCGCUGUACGACGAGAGCUUCCGUCAGUACGGCUUCAACCGCAUCAGCCAGGCCUGCGAGUUGCAUGUUGCCGGGUACCGGUUUUCGGUGCUGAGUUCGGCAUUCGUGGUACACCGGGGGUUCAAGGUGGCCGGGGAGUUCCACAAGCGCAAGGACGAGGAGAACCGGCGCAACCGAAUGCUCUUCCGCAGCUUCAAAGAGGGCCUGAAGAGCAAGUACCCCGCCUCCCCUCGCAGGUGCUGA